AUGAUGACCACCACACCGCAAACAACGAAGCCGUGGGCGGACGGCCCCAUGAAGCUUAUUCCUACGCCGCAAUAUGUGACCAAGAAGACCGAUCUUUUCACGACCGGCGCGACGCAUAUGUGCCUGCUGCACAACUCGAUCCUGCGUGGUUACAACUCCAUCUACCACCAGGCUCCCCUCGUCCAGGAGGCCGACAAGGCGGACUUUGUAGGAUACUCCCAGGCCUGGUUCAAGUUUGUCAAGUCGCACCACGACGAUGAAGAAGAGUCGCUCUUCACCAAGGUUGAGGACCUCUUGAACGACAAGAAUGUCUUCGCUGAGACGCACAAGGAGCACGAGUCUUUCCUCGGAGGUCUUGCCGAAUUCAACACUUACCUCUCUUCCCUCUCCUCGCCCUCCGACUUCUCCGGCGCCAAGCUUCUCGAGAUCAUGAAUGGCUUCCAGGAGCCGUUCGAGAGCCACUUCCACAGCGAAAUCAGCACCAUCGCUGGCCUGGCCCAACACCCGAAUGCACCCAAGGAAGGAACACCGGAGGCGGCGAACGCAACGUUGACGUUCAAGACGUGGGGCAAGAGCACCGUGACCAAGGCCGGCACGGCGGACGUGGUCCCAUUUUUCCUGCUCAACCUGGAUCGGACGGUCGAAGACGGACUCUGGGCGAAUUGGCCGCCCAUGCCGGCACCGAUCAAGUGGGGAUUGAUCAACAUCGCCGGCGCAUGGCACUGGGGUUGGUGGAAGUUUGCCAGCUGCGACGCCGCGGGACAGCCGAGGGAGUUGUACGCGCUGCAGAACGCGCCGACGGAGGACAAGACCAAGGCCGAGCUGUGA